CCAAUCACAGCGUAGCAAGCGCAAGCAACGGGUCCAGACUCCAGAAGUGAGGUGUCUAUUUCUGCCGUAGAUGGUAUCGAAACAAGCAUAAAGUUAAAAACUGCUAACAUAUGAUUAAAAAAUUGUGAUUAGAAUGAAUGGAACAGCAUAUUCAAACUUUGACAAUCAAGAACACGUUCUCAAACUAGGCGAAACUUUUGAGAAACAACCUAAAAGUGCAUUCCACACGGUACGAUAUGAUUUCAAACCAGCCUCCAUAGACACAGCAUGCGAGGGGGAGCUGGAAGUGGGCAAAGGAGAGCAAGUUACAGUCACACUACCAAACUUAGAGGGAUCCACGGCACCUGUUACUGUAUUUAAAGGUUCCAAAAGGCCUUAUAUGAAAGAAUGUGUUCUCAUUGUUAAUCAUGACACAGGAGAGUAUCGUCUGGAGAAACUCAGCAGCAACAUUGCAGUUAAGAAGACCAGGGCUGAGGGAAGCAGUAAGAUUCAGUCACGGUUGGAGCAGCAAACCAGCAGGCUCAGUCAGCAGAUGAAGACUGGCAGUGGAAGCAAGGCUCCAUCCAGCACCAAGAGCUCUCCUCCCAAGGAGAAAAUGUCACCAUCAUCUCCCAUGGAUGAUAUUGAGCGAGAGCUGAUGGCAGAGGCGCGUGUCAUGGAUCAGAUGAGCAGUGGAGACAGCUCCUCCGAUUCCCACAGUUCCUCCUCCUCCAGUAGCGGGGACAGCUCCAGCAGCAGUGACUCUGAGGAUGAGGAUCGGACCUCGCAUAAUGCGGCCCCAGCUCCUCCCCAGAGCAGCUCUGCCCUCAACACAUCUCAAAGCCGUGUGGAGGAGAGCAGUGGGCAUUUCAUGAACACACUCAAAAAUGAUCUUCAGUUGAGCGAGUCUGGAAGCGAAAGUGACGAUGACUAACCGCAAAAAGAUGUGUGGGACACGGGAUACUGAAAUAGGAUCAGGUCUUCAGGAAGUACUUUCACUAGCUGAAACAUGGUGAUAUCUGAAUGAGAAUCCCCUCAGCUUAUCAGUUACGGAAUCUUUUCUUUCUCCCAGUUUCUUAGUAAUACUUGCAUCUGUGCCAUUGGACACGUAGCUGGGGGGGUUUGCUGUAUUAGUAAAUUAAGAAAAAGUAUUUAUUUUGUUGAGAAUGCUACUGCAUAGAAGUUACUUUUAUAGGAAUGUCCUAUAAUUGCUUCCUCAGAGGUUAUAGAAAUAUAUCUGUUUGUGAAAUAACUGUUUAGAAAGAUCACUAUAGUCGUAUAUCUAUUUUUUGUUUUGAGGCUUAUACUCAAGCACAAGUGAUUCAGCAUCAUUUUAAAGUAAGUCUUAAGCAGCACCAGUGCGUUAAGGUGCCAAGCUCAAUCUCAGAUAUUUACACAUUACCCGACCUGCAAUACUUGAAUUUGUCUCUCUUUGAUUCAGAGACAUUUGUUCAUAGCAAACUGUGCCUUGUAUAUAAGGUGUUUUUUGACUAUCCAUCCCAUUCUCUUACAUUGAAGUACGCCCUUUUUUUUUUUUUAAACACAAUUCCUGCUUGGAUUCCCUAAAAUAUGAUCUCCAUUUUGAGGUAGAAGUCUCUGUGUUGUGU